AUGGCCAGCCAGGAGUCUUCCUCCACCUCCGCAGCCUUGGUUGUGGCAGCUCAGACGCCCAAUGAUCCUACCGAUACCAGCGCUCGAGAAUUGAUAGGUGGAAGCGAACGAGAUCGUGCUUUAAGAAUACUCCAGCAUGGCCACUACUCGGACCUCAUCAUAAACUGCCAGGGGCACACUUUCAGAGUUCACAAGUUUAUUCUCAUCACCAAAGGUGGCGACUUCUUCGAAAGAGCGAUCUGUGGCGGUUUCUCUGAAACCGAUAAGUCCAAGAUUGACCUUCCGGAAGACGAUCCUGGUGUCAUUGCUCGAGCACUUCAUUACAUCUACACCGGCGGAUACGAAUCAUUUGACCACACACAAGGCCCACAGCUAUCACUUACGGACCUCAGCUCUAGUCAAGACCAGGAAAACGAGCUUUCCAUCAGCCAGGCCGAUAAUCUAAAUUGGAUCGCCUCCAAAUUCGCGCCGGAAGUGCAUCGACUACUCAUACACGUCCACAUGUUUGCUAUUGCUUGCAAAUUGGGCAACCCUGCUCUCAAAGAGCAUGCUCGGAAGGCCUUCUUGAUCGGCGUCACUCUAGUGAUGAAGCGAACUCACUGUCUUGAAUUCUUUCCUCACAUCGAGAUCAUAUUCUCCACCGUCUAUGAGACAACAUCUGCACACGAGCGCGACCUUCGCAAUGUCUGCCUGCAGGAAGCCAUGGUAGAGUUGCAUGUAUGCAAGACCACGGAUCAGAUGUGCAAGAAGUCAAGACUUCGGAAGAUGAUUGAGGGCCUCCCCGACCUGGCUGUGGAUGUCUCAACCCACUAUUUGAGGCAAAGAGGCCUUGGUAUCAUGUCUGAGUGCCGGGAUUGCAAGAGACAGAAUUGGUGGUUUGGGGGCAUCUGCGCAUGUGGAUAUUGGCAUAAGUAUUGUGAUGAGCCCGAUUGCGUCGCCGCAGCGGAAGCUUUGACGCAGUGCACUCGCUGCGGUGCCAAAGGAACCGGAAGAAUCGACAUGAAGAGUAAGCUUGGUUGA